AUGAAUAAAGAAAACUUUCGCUUUUAUAUUAAAGUAAGCACAGCACUUAAUAACCCAGCAGGGGUGAUUUAUGAUGAAUUAUAUUCUGUCUGUCAUGAUCAAGCUCCUUCUUAUACAACAGUUACAAGAUGGGCUAAAUGGUUUCGUGAAGGCCGAGAAGAAGUUGAAGGUGAAGCACGAUCUGGCAGACCUGUUACCGAAACAACAUCUGAAAAUAAUGAACAGGUCCGUCUUCUUAUCGAUGAUGAUCCUUGCAUUACAAUAGAAGAGAUGCAAGAACAAAUUGGUUUAAGUCAUAGCACCGUUCAGAGAAUCAUCACCGAUCAUUUAAACCUUGAGAAGGUUACCGCUCGUUAUAUACACAAGAAUCUGACUGACUUUCAACGGGCUGAACGAGUUCGAAGAUGUCAACAAAAUUUGGCAAAAUUUCAAGAAGGAACAUGGCGUUUAUGUGAUAUAAUAACUGAUGACGAGUCGUGGCUUUAUCAUACACAAAUUGGUCGAAAGUUAUCGAAUGCAGCAUGA